CCCGGGGGUGCGUGCAAGAUGAAGAGGGUCCGCACAGUCUUCACCCCGGAUCAGCUGGAGCGCCUGGAGAAGGAGUUCCUUAAGCAGCAGUACAUGGUCGGCACUGAGCGCGUGGACCUGGCUGCCACUUUGCACCUCACAGAGACCCAGGUGAAGGUCUGGUUCCAGAACAGGAGGAUCAAGUGGCGGAAGCAGAGCCUGGAGCAGAAGGCGGCCAAGCUCUCCCAGUUUGGGACGCUGCGGGCGAGCCCCCCCGGGCGGACAGAAGGGCAGGGCAGCGACGAGGACGACGUGGAUGUUGAAGACUAG